CCACUUCUUGUUACCUCUGAAUCCGUGAAAGAGCACCUCCAAGUCAAUUCUAACAUGCCUCCUCGUAGAAAGCUACCAGCUAGAAGAGCGAGCUUGAGGGCUCAGAGGUAUCCUCCGUCGCCGCCGGAGCCUGCUAUUGAAACUAUGGAGGUAGAAGGAAGUGGCGAAGACAUGGAUGUUUCAGAUGAGGAAGUCCAACUUGACGGCGAUGGUGCUUCGUCCGAGGCUGGCGGCGCGCCCGAUGACGACGCAAGUGGUAGCGAAGGUGAUCAGGAGGAUGAGAUUGACGUAGAAGAUAACGACCAGGAUGGAUUAGGUGAGGACGACGACGAGGACCAAGAGGACGAACUUUCUUCGUCGCCGUCCCCAACGCCUCCACCAAAGCCGACGAAAGCAAAGUCCUCACCCGGCAAGCCACGUUUGAAAAUCAAAUUGAAAUUCUCUGGCGUGGCGCCUUCAAAUACUACACCGACACCGAGCGAUGAGAUGCCGUUGCGGCCUGGACGGAAAGGCCAUCCCAAACAUGUUGAUGUCGAGUCCGAAGACGAUGAUGAUAGUUCAUCAGAGUCGCAAUAUACAGGACCCACCCGGUUGACUCAAAGACAAGCGGCGCUUGCUGGGAUGGUGGAAUCAGCAGAGCAUAUGGUACUGGAGGAAACUGUCUCAAAGAAGAAAAAGCACCUCAACGAGACGGAACUUGCACUUAAGAGGGAAGAAACCGCAAGGAAGCGGAAGAAUCUGUCGGCGAAGAAGCUUGAAGAUGAAAAGAUAGAGACUAUUAAUCGACUGCUCAGAAAGCAAACUCGACCCAGGGGUAAACGAGGUGCUAUCGCUGAAGCCGACGAAGAGGGUGAACAAGAAGAGGAUGCAUCAGUGUCUGCAACACCACCAAUUGUACCAACGCUUUUCCGUUGGGUCUCGUCAACCAAACCGGAUUCACCAGCGUUGUCCUUUUCCGUACCACCAUCGCUCAUGCCGGAAUCGAGUUUGGCUCAAACCACACAAAGCACACAACCGACGAAACCACCUCAGCCUAAACCGACACCACUGUGCGAUGUCAGGGGAUGUAAGCUUCCUAGGAAGUACAAGCUAGUCAAGGACCCAAGUAAGGGCGGAUGUGGGAUGGAACAUUUGAAAGCGCUCCAAGCCAAGCUCGUUGGAGCAUCCUAGUUUAUUCUUGCCUUGCA